CUUGGUUUGAUACUAUUCCAUAUUUUAAGGGGAGUAUGACAUAACAUUUAUAAGAAAAUGAAUCAAUGAAUGAAUAUACUUCUGCAUUACCUAUCUUUUGCUUUUCAAUAGCCUCCAUAGGUGUGGAGGAUAAGUUGCUUGCAGCAGAGGGAAAUGCUUUGGAAUAUUUCUCACUUUAAUUGGUGCUCCUUCCAUUUUUUGUUGGUGUAUAUAUAUUCAUAGUUUUGGUCGAAGAGAAAUUUGAUUCUUUUGGAAAACCAGUAUGGGAUUUGAUAAUCCAAGAUCUGAAAGGUUUGAAGAUGAUCCUGAAAUAUCAAAAAUUCCCACAACAAGUGGAGUUAAGGUGAAAUACCACAUUGAUGGAACACAAAUACCUGAACAAAGUUCGAAAAAGUCUCGAAAGAAUGAAACAAGGAACAAGUUUUUGAAAACAAGAGUAUUGUCAAGAGUAUUCUCAGAAGACUAUGAAAGAGUUAAAAAAAGAGUAUUAGUAUUAGAUCCUAGGGGACAACUCAUACAUCGUUGGAACAAGAUAUUUUUAGUAGCAUGUUUAGUUUCUUUGUUUGUGGAUCCACUGUUCUUUUAUUUGCCAGUGGUUAGAGAAGAAGUUUGCAUUGAUAUUGGAAAAACUCUUGAAGUUAUUCUCACAGUUGUUAGAUCAUUUGGAGAUUUGUUUUACAUAGUUCAGAUUUGUAUGAAGUUUCGUACAGCUUAUGUUGCUCCUUCUUCCAAGGUUUUUGGUAGAGGAGAACUUGUUCUUACCUAUUCUAAGAUUGCUCUUAGGUACUUCAGCAAGGGUUUUUGGUUAGACUUUAUUGCCGCAUUGCCUCUUCCUCAGGUGUUGAUUUGGAUUAUUAUACCAACACUUAGGGGUUCAACAAUGGCAAAUACCAAAAAUGUCCUUCGUUUUUUCAUCAUUUUUCAAUAUAUUCCAAGGCUGUAUUUGAUUUUUCCACUUUCAUCACAAAUUGUAAAAGCUACAGGGGUUGUGACAGAAACAGCAUGGGCAGGUGCUGCUUACAACCUCAUGCUUUACAUGUUGGCCAGCCAUAUUUUAGGAGCUUGCUGGUACCUUCUUUCAAUCGAGCGUCAAGAAGCAUGUUGGAAAAGUGUGUGCAAUAUGGAGAAAUCAAAUUGCCAAUAUGGAUUCUUCAAUUGUCACAGUAUUAAAGAUGCUCCAAGAGUAGCUUGGUUUAUAGCUAGUAAUGUCACAAAUUUAUGUUCACCAAAUGCCGGCUUUUAUCCGUUUGGUAUAUAUGCUGAUGCCAUGACUUCCAAAGUUACAUCAUCACCAUUCUUCAAUAAGUACUUCUAUUGUCUCUGGUGGGGAUUAAGAAACUUGAGUUCUUUGGGACAAGGUCUUCUUACUAGCACUUUUAUCGGAGAAAUAAUGGUUGCUAUUGUGGUUGCAACUCUUGGAUUGGUACUUUUCGCAUUGUUGAUUGGUAAUAUGCAGACAUACCUUCAAUCGAUAACUGUUCGCCUAGAAGAGUGGAGGGUGAAAAGAACUGAUACAGAACAAUGGAUGCAUCACAGGCAACUCCCUCCAGAACUAAGAGAGUCUAUUCGUAAAUAUAAUCAAUAUAAAUGGGUGGCUACACGAGGAGUAGAAGAAGAAGAUCUGCUCAAAGGACUUCCGCUGGAUCUUAGGAGAGAAAUCAAACGCCACCUUUGUCUUGAACUAGUUCGAGGAGUUCCCUUGUUUGAUCAAAUGGAUGAAAGAAUGCUAGACGCAAUAUGCGAAAGACUAAAGCCUGCAUUAUGCACCGAGGGAACUUAUCUUGUCCGCGAAGGCGAUCCAGUGAACGAAAUGCUCUUCAUAAUUAGAGGCCAUCUUGAUUCUUACACAACAAAUGGAGGCCGUGACGGAUUCUUCAACUCAUGUAGAAUCGGUCCAGGCGAUUUCUGUGGUGAAGAGCUCUUAACAUGGGCCUUAGAUCCAAGACCAAGUGUGAUACUCCCUUCCUCAACAAGAACAGUUAAAGCUUUCUCAGAAGUAGAAGCUUUUGCACUCAUAGCUGAAGAUCUUAAGUUUGUUGCAUCUCAAUUUAGAAGACUACAUAGUAAACAACUUAGGCAUAAAUUCAGAUUUUAUUCACACCAAUGGAGAACUUGGGCUGCUUGUUUUAUUCAAGCUGCAUGGAGAAGGCACAAGAAAAGGAAAGAAGCUGCUGAAUUGAGGGCUAAGGAGAAUCUUGUGGCAGCUUCAGAGGCUGAAAAUGAAAUAGCAAAAAAAUAUGGUAAAGGUUUUGUUGUUUAUGGAACAAGGGUGGCAAGGAGUACUAGGAAAGGUGUUAAUAUGCAUUCUGGGACAAAUUCUGGAGUAGUUAGCUCUUUGCAGAAACCAACAGAACCUGAUUUUUCUGAUGAAUAAUAAUGAAUGUAUAUUGUUACAUUAGUCUUUUAAUUGUGUAAUUUGUUUGUUUUGGAUCAUUUGUUUAUAUAUAAAUUAGAGAUAGGAAUUCUUGUAACCAUUUGAAAAACUGUGUUUAAUUACUAGAACAUGCACUUUGUGGAUGAUGUCUUGGUUAAAAAUAAGGUGAGAUUUGUUUGCUUCA